CGCCUCAUUCUUCACUCAAACCAAAACACAAGAAAACACACACAAAUAGCAAAUGGCCAACAAGAUCUUCCUCGUGUGCGCAACUCUUGCCUUCUGCGUCCUCCUCACCAACGCUUCCAUCUACCGCACCGUCGUCGAAUUCGACGAAGAUGACACUACCGACCAAAUAGGCCCAUUCCGCCCACCACAGAAAUGCCAGAGGGAGUUUCAGCAAGAGCAACACCUAAGAGCUUGCCAGCAAUGGAUCCGCCAGCAACUUGCGGGAUCACCCUUCAGCGAAAACCAAUGGGGUCCUCAGCAGGGGCCGUCUCUACGCGAGCAAUGCUGCAACGAGCUUUACCAGGAAGACCAAGUGUGCGUUUGCCCUACUUUGAAACAAGCAGCCAAGUCAGUUAGGGUCCAGGGACAGCACGGACCAUUCCAGUCCACCCGCAUCUACCAGAUCGCUAAGAACUUGCCUAACGUUUGCAACAUGAAACAAAUUGGAACAUGUCCCUUCAUUGCCAUCCCUUUCUUUCCUCCUUACUAAAUCCUAGUGUUAUCACAUGAUGAUCAUCAUUAAUGUGGGUUGUUGAUGUAUGUUUAACAACACACAGUCAUCGUGUGUUUUUACCAAAAAAAAUAAAAGUGUAAUAGUAGCUUGAGAGACUAAUGUAAUAAGCACUACUCGGUAAUAAAAGAGAA